AUGAUAUCUAAAAUAGUCCGACCGUUGAUGAAUGAAAUCUUUUAUUUGGGUACACGUAGUCCAAUAUUAGCAUAUAAAAAAAUUGAAACACUUCUUCAACAAUAUAAUACGAGUGCUAAACAUGAUAAAAUAGCUAUUCUUGAUCAUAUUGCAAAAGCUUAUCAUCCAGAUCAAGAAGAAGUUACAUCGCAGAUUCAACGAAUGACAUCAUCAGAUUUUAUUAAAAACUGUGAACGAAUUCAUACAUGUUCAGAACCAAAAUAUGCACAAUUAUUUCGUCUUAUUGGACGACAACCUGAUGGUGUUCGUUCACUUGUUCAUCUCCGUGCUGAUUUACUAAGAUUUCUUCCUGAAAUGGACUCACCAGAUUAUGCUAAACGAAUGAGUGAUAAUCUUCAAGAUUUACUUGCAACUUGGUUUACAACAGGUUUACUUAAAGUUGAACGUAUUACAUGGCAGAGUCCUUGUGAAAUUGUUCAACGUAUAUCUGAAUAUGAAGCAGUACAUCCUAUUCGAACAUGGACAGAUUUAAAACAACGUUUAGGACCUUAUCGUCGAUGUUUUGCUUAUACUCAUCAUAUGAUGCCAAAUGAUCCUUUAGUUAUUUUACAUGUUGCAUUAAUGGAUGAUAUAUCUGAUUCAAUUCAAACUAUUUUAAAACGAGUUUCUCCUACAUCGAAUAAAUCUGAAGAAAUUCAAAAGGAAAAUGAAUCAUUAAUUAAUUCAGCAAUUUUUUACUCAAUUUCUUCAACACAAGCUGGUCUUAAAGGUAUUGAAUUGGGUAAUUCAUUAAUUAAACGUUGUGUUCGACAAUUACAAGUCGAACAUCCACAAUUAGAAAAAUUCUCAUCACUUUCUCCAAUACCUGAUUUUCGUAAAUGGCUUAUGGAAGAAUUAAAUUCUUCUUCAACGUCAUUAAUUUCCUCUGAAACUCGUUCAUGGCUUAAUUCAUUUCUAACAUCAACAACAACUUGGCAUUUAGAUGAAGAAAUUCUGAAUAAAAUUCAACCAAUUUUAAUGCAUCUUUGUGCAUAUUAUUUAACUCAAAUUAAACAUCCUCGUACAGGUUAUGCACGUGAUCCUGUUGCGAAUUUUCAUUUACGUAAUGGUGCAGUUAUUUGGCGAUUAAAUUGGUUAGCUGAUCGUAGUCAACGAGGCUGGAAACAAUCUUUAUCAAUUAUGGUUAAUUAUCGUUAUUAUGAUUUCGUUAAAAUUGAUCAGAAUAGUAUUGAUUAUAUUGAUAAAAAAACAAUACAAAUUGAUGAACAAGUUUCAAAAUUACUUUAA